CUUCUCUCGGACGCGCUUGAGGUAUCUCCAGCUGUUGCCUCCAACCUCCAGUUCCUAUGGCCGGACGCGGCGGGUUUCCCCUGACUCCGCCGCCCCAGGAGGGACCAUCGGCGGCUAUCUCAGUGGCAGCGGGCGUCCCUUCGCCUGCUGUCCCAGCACCGGGAAGCGGGCUUUUGCGAGGACCCAGUCCUGCUGGGGCUGGAUCGUAUCGGCCCAUGGGCCACGGAGCUCAGUUCCAACGCCCUGGAAUGCUGUCUAGUGGAAGAAUGCCUAUGGCAGGAUUACAAGUGGGAUCACCUUCAGGCUCUCCAUAUGGUACAGCUUCUUCCAUGAGACCUGGAAUGCCACCAUCCCUGAUGGAUCCCUUCCGAAAGCGUCUACUUGUUCCUCAGGCACAGCCGCCUCCAGCACUUACACAAAGGCGAGGAUUGAAAAGGCGAAAGAUGGCUGACAAAAUCCUGCCACAGAGGAUUCGUGAACUAGUCCCCGAGUCUCAGGCUUACAUGGAUUUACUGGCCUUUGAACGCAAGCUGGACCAGACAAUUGCCCGCAAAAGAAUGGAAAUCCAAGAGGCAAUCAAGAAACCUUUGACGCAAAAGCGGAAGCUGCGUAUUUACAUCUCUAAUACUUUUACUCCUGGCAAAGAGGAGUCUGAGGGUGGUGAGCGUAUAGCCUCAUGGGAACUUCGUGUGGAAGGCAAACUUCUUGAUGAUCCAAGUAAACAGAAGAGAAAAUUCUCAUCCUUUUUCAAGAGCUUGGUUAUUGAAUUAGACAAAGAAUUAUAUGGACCAGACAAUCACCUGGUGGAGUGGCACCGGAUGCCAACAACCCAAGAGACAGAUGGCUUUCAAGUCAAGCGCCCUGGUGAUGUGAAUGUAAAAUGCACUCUGCUUCUCAUGCUGGAUCAUCAACCUCCUCAAUACAAGCUAGACCCACGUCUGGCUCGCCUGCUUGGUGUCCACACCCAGACUCGUGCCAGCAUAAUGCAGGCCCUAUGGCUCUAUAUCAAAUAUAACAAGCUUCAGGACUGUCAUGAGAAAGAAUAUAUCAAUUGCAACCGCUAUUUUCGCCAGAUCUUCAACUGCAGCCGUAUGAGAUUUUCUGAGAUUCCAAUGAAACUGGCAGGACUCUUACAACAUCCAGAUCCCAUUGUUAUCAAUCACAUUAUCAGCGUGGACCCUAAUGAUCAAAAGAAAACAGCCUGUUAUGACAUUGACGUGGAAGUAGAUGACCCCUUGAAAGCCCAAAUGAGCAACUUCUUGGCCUCCACCACUAAUCAGCAAGAAAUUGCUUCCCUGGAUAUCAAGAUUCAUGAAACAAUUGAAUCUAUUAAUCAGUUGAAGACACAACGAGAUUUUAUGCUGAGUUUUAGUAAUAAUCCUCAGGAUUUUAUUCAGGAGUGGAUCAGAUCUCAACAGAGGGAUUUGAAGAUUAUUACAGAUGUGGCUGGGAACCCAGAAGAAGAGAGACGGGCUGAUUUCUAUCAGCAACCAUGGAUGCAAGAAGCUGUUGGACGACACAUCUUUGCAAAGGUUCAGCAGCGCAGACAAGAACUGGAACAAGUGCUUGGUGUUCGCCUUACUUAGUGCUGCCUUCUUUUGCAGUUCUUCCACACCUCUUGGUACUUCGGAAUGGACCAAUAGGCAAACAGUCCUUGUCCUUUCCUCUUGGAAGGUGGGGGGGGGAUUGUGCUGCUAUUGCAUAUUUUGUGUUCAGUACUCUCUAUGGGCUCAUAGAAGUAUCCUUCAGCAGAGAAAAGGUCUUCUCCUUCACCAAAACCUGCCCUUCAUAUGUGCUUUGCCUUUGGGAGACUGGGAAUUUUUGUUUUGAGUUGCUUCUACCUCUUAGCAGAGCUUUUGCAGUCUUGCAAUGCAAGAAUGUGCUGCUCAUUUUUAAUCAAAGCUUGUGUCCAUUCCUGCCAGUUUUGCUGGCAUUUAAUCUUUGCACUAUCUCUUUUUUUGUCGGGCUGGGCUGUUUCUUGUAGAAAGUUUUUUAAUGUAUACUUGGUGGUGGCUUCUGUUCCACCCUAUGCAAUUGAUAUUCCACAAUAUCAAAAAGAAAGGCCGGUGGUCGGAUGUUACUAUGCUGUUAAUGACAAUCAUUUCCCAUUAAUAUAUAUAUAUGUGUGUGUGUGUGUGUGAGAGAGAGAGAGAGAGAGAGAGAGA